UUGCCUUUAAUAUUCUGAAAAACAAAGUGCUAUAGAUUAGGCCUGAUGUGAUUAAUGCCUUUUUGUUAUAUAGGCCUACUCACCUGAAGCCUUUUUAAUUUAAUCAUGUCUGAGUGGGUAGGGUGAUACAAUUAGGCCUUUUGGAAAACCAUUUUUCAAGUCUAUCUGUUGAGGCAAAUGUAUUCUGUCUGCAGUCACCUAAUAUUUAAUAUUAUCCACAUGGGUGAAAAAUAUCCUCAAACAGCCUGUCCCUAUUAUGUUUGAGUGUCCCAUGGGGUAGGCUAGGUUUUUCAGAUUCUAUGCAAAUUUACAGCAUAACUUGGUCCUUAUACAGCGCAACAGUGAAUUUCCCCUUUUUGAACUGCUCUGGUUCUGAAAGUUCAUUUCCCACCCAUGUUCUCCAUUGACUUUCAGAAAAUAAUUUUACAAUUUUUCCUUUCUUGGGUAGCCAAACUUGUUGUCUACGCCUCAUCCAAGUUACUCAGUCAAUGAGAGGCAGAGUAGGGCGGGUCACGACUUCACCCUUUGUCUGCUAAACUUGUUUGCUGCGAGCCACACUUCCAGGUAGCAUGGAGAACACAAACACUUUAAACACAAGGUUCAGCUUUAGGUUUGGCAUUUUAUCCCUUACCCUCAAAACAACACAUCUGCUGCGGAGAUGGUGCAGAGGGUGGCUGUGGUUGGAGCGGGUCCCUCUGGGCUGACCAGCAUAAAGGCCUGUCUGGAUGAGGGUCUGGAUCCCACCUGCUUUGAGAGCAGCAAUGACAUCGGCGGCCUGUGGAGAUUUAAGGAACAGCCAGAGCCUGGCAGAGCCAACAUCUACCACUCUGUGGUGCUCAACAGCUCCAAAGAGAUGAUGUCAUUCAGCGACUUCCCCAGCCCUGCGGACUUCCCCAACAACAUGCACCAUUCUGAGGUGCUUCUGUACCUGCGGCUCUACACCCAGGCCUUCAAGCUGCUGCCACAUAUACACUUCCAGAAAACAGUGGUGAGUGUGAGGCAGAGGCCAGACUUUCCUGUGACAGGCCAGUGGGAGAUAGAAACAGAGGAGAAACCAGGGCAGAGGGAAACUCAUGUCUUCGAUGCUGUGAUUGUCGGCUCUGGGCAUUUCACAAAGCCUCAUCUACCACUUCACGACUUCCCAGGCAUUGAGAGAUUUGAUGGGAAAUACUUCCACAGUUGGGAAUAUCGCAAUGCUGACAGUCUGCAAGGGAAAAGAGUGGUCGUGAUUGGGAUUGGAAAUUCUGGCGGCGAUAUUGCAGUCGACAUAAGUAGAGUUGCAGAAAAGGUGUAUCUCAGCUCCAGAAGUGGGGCGUGGCUGGUCGGCCGUGUGGCAGAAGGGGGGCUCCCUUGUGACCUGGUGGGCACUUCGCGCUUCGACCUAGCGCUAGCGGGCUUACUGCCUACAUGGAGCGCCAAGGCGUUUGAGACCAAGCUGAACCGGGCGUUAAACCACAGCCUCUAUGGCCUCCAGCCUCAACACGGGUUUUUUGCACAGAUCCCGCUAGUGAAUGAUGAGCUCCCAGGUCGGAUCAUCUCAGGUCGGGUUCAGAUGAGGCCAAACGUGAAGGAGUUCUGUGAUUCCAGUGUGGUCUUUGUGGAUGGAAGCAUUAUAGACAAGGUGGAUGUGGUGGUGUUCGCCACGGGUUACCACUACAGCUUCCCCUUCCUGCCCCGAGACCUGCAGGCUAAGAGCGGCCACAGGCUGCGACUCUACCGCCACGUAUUCCCUCCUGGGAUGUCCAGACCAACGCUGGCCGUGGUGGGCUUCAUCCACGCUCUAGGAGCCAUCAACCCCCUGGCUGAGAUGCAGGCUCGCUGGGUCACACGUGUAUUUAAAGAUCUGAUAGCACUUCCAACACAGGACACAAUGCUGCAAAGCAUUGAGAAGGAAACAGCCACCAUGCAUCAGAGUUUUGCCGUCUCUGAGCGUAAUCCCCUUCAGGUUGCCUAUCUACCUUAUAUGGACUCUCUGGCAGAGCAGAUCGGGGUCCGACCGAAUAUCCUCUGGCUCCUGCUUAAGGACGUCCGUCUGGGGCUGCAAGUGCUCCUGGGCCCUUGUACACCGUAUCAGUUUCGUCUGAGUGGGCCGGGACAAUGGGUCGGGGCCCGUGAAACCAUCCUCACCCAGUGGGAGCGGGUGGCCCAGCCUUUCAAGACCAGAGUGUCACCACCAGUACCCGAGCCUAGUCCGGAUCACAAAAUGGGGCUGAUGAUGGCUUUAUCGGGUGUAGCCGCCCUGUUCUGCUUCUGUCUCCACGCAAAAUCCUCCUUCUGUUCUGUGCCCCUUCCACUCCUCGCGUGGAGGGCUCUUUAAGUGUCUCAUUGGUGUUGAAUGGGAUGGUUGGUUUGCUGGCUCUCUUUCUUUUGCCUGUUUUAAUAACAUGGGAACAUCACAUAUAUUUUGGAUGUUUAAGGUAACACUUCUGGCAAGCGUUUCAUAUAGAUAGAUACACCGCCUCCUCCUUCUGAAUAUCUUAGCAUGUCUUUGAGAAAAGCAGUUUCAUUGUUGACUUGGUCUGAUGUAGACGAAACGUGAAGCUUGGCAUCAUAAGAUUAAAAAAUAAUUUAGUUUAUCUUUAAACCUGAGUACACCAGUACUAUUGCAGUUCAAUAUGUUAAACUAUAAUCUUUGCAGUUGUUGAUGGAAGAGUGAGGCUGCAAAUGAUUUUCCUUCCCUUGCCUUAGAACAUUUGUCUAUCUGGGGAAUACAAACAGGCUUUAUUGAACAAUCUUGCAGAAUCACAUUUUGGUUACAUUUUGACAUGAUACAAUUUGGAAUGAUCUGUUUAAAAUUGUUUAUCCAAGUUUUAAUGUAUUUAUUGAUGUUUGGGAUACCUUCCUUAAACCUGGUCAAUUUAAACCAUUGUUAAAAGAAAGUAAUAUAUUAGAUCCAUGUUUUGGAUACAAUGCAGUGAUUUUUGGUCUUGUUGGCUUGGUUUAAUAAAUACAAUUCAUGAGAUCUUAAAUACAAUAUAUGUAUUCUACCAGAUCUGCCUUAUAGCAUUUAUACCUGACUUGCAGUGGUUGACCAUGCCUUAUUCAUACUACAUAAGCAAUUGGCAGAUUUAUUUUAGUUUUUUAUAAAUGUGUUAUCUUAUUCCGACCAUGUAUUCAUAAUUUAUCCUCCACCCUGUGGUAUAUUUGUGUACGUUGAUGUGUUUGUAGUAGUAGUUUGUUGAUAGAAACUGUUUAUUAAGUGAGUGAAGUUCUCAACUUCUAUUACAAUUUAAAUCAAUUGGCAAGGAAGUGUAAGGGGCCUCAGUUCAAAUAGCCCAUAUUAAUAUGUUUAUAAUUGACAAUAAACCACCACACGUUAUAUUCAACGAUUGAUUUAAUAGCAUGUUAUUAAUAGAGCGAAUAGGAUUAGUUUAUCUCAAUGCAGUAUGUUUUAACACAAGGAACAACUGUAUACUCCUACAUAAUAACUAAAUUAUGUAUCUACAUACAUCUUACAAAAACGUUUAAAUUAUUAAUGAGCUGACUGAGGGACUCUAGUGAUCGGUCCUAUCAAGUCUAGGCAAAAACAAUGAUUUAGCAAGAGAUUAUUUAGAGUUAAUCCUUUCAAUUGAUAUGUGCACAUAUUUGAACCAUAUCUAUAGUGUAUUUCAUUGUUUAAAAAACCUAUU